CGAGGAGUAAACAGUCGUCGACACGUGCAGCAAAACCAUGCCGGCGUGCGGUGCGGUGCGGAGCGCGGCCACGUCCGCCGACGCCGCCGAGCUGCCGGUCAAACAAAGGCUGCCGACGCGAUGCGCGAUGGCCUCUCCCUCUCGGUGGUAGACUAGCCCCAUCAUCCGCCCGUGCCAUAAGUACCACGACAUCGCCGGCAGCAGACAGAGCUCGUCGUCGUCGUCGUCGCAGAUCGACGUGCGGGUGAUCGAUCGAUCGUCGAGCAGUUCCAUGGCCACUUCUUCCCGGAGGAUGCGCGCUGUCCAGUACGACAAGUACGGCGGCGGCGCCCAGGGUCUCAAGCAUGUGGAGGUGCCGAUCCCGGCGCCGAAGAAGGGCGAGGUGCUGAUCAGGGUGGAGGCGGCGAGCAUCAACCAGGUCGACUGGAAGUUUCAGAAGGGGAUCGCCCGGCCGUUCUUGCCCAAGAAGUUCCCCUUCACCCCAGGUUACGAUCUUGCCGGAGAGGUGGUGGAAUUGGGCAGCGGGGUGAGCUGCUUCGAGGUGGGCGACAAGGUCAUCGCCAUUAAUUUCCCGGACGGCGGCGGGCUCGCCGAGUACGCGGUGGCGCGGGCGUCGCGGACGGCGGUAAGGACGACGGAUGUGGCCGCGGCCGACGGCGCGUGCCUGCCGAUCGCCGCCGGCACGGCGCUCGUGGCGCUGCGGACGGCCGGGGUCAGCUUAGACGGCGGAGGUGGCGCCAGGAAGAACGUGCUGGUGACGGCGGCCUCCGGCGGGGUGGGCCACUUCGCCGUCCAGCUCGCGCGGCUGGGCGGCCACCGCGUCACGGCCACCUGCGGCGCGCGCAACGUCGGCCUCGUGGGGCGCCUGGGCGCCGACGAGGUGCUCGACUACGCCACCCCGGAGGGCGCCGCGCUGCGGAGCCCCUCGGGGAGGAGGUACGAUGCCGUGGUGCACUGCGCGACGGGGUUCCCGUGGUCCGCGUUCUCGCCGGCGCUCGCCGACGCCGGCGUGGUGGUCGACGUCACGCCGGGCGCGGCGGGCGUCACCACGGCGCUGUGGCAGAGGGCGACCUUCUCCAAGAAGAGGCUGGUGCCGCUGUUCGUGUCGCCGACGAAGGAGGACAUGGAGCUGCUGGUGGGCAUGGCGAGGGAGGGGAGGCUCAAGGCGGUGAUCGAGUCGAGGUGCCCGCUGAGCAGGGCGGAGGAGUGCUGGGCCAAGAGCAUGUCAGGGCACGUCACCGGCAAGGCCGUCGUCGUCGUCGGAGAAGAAGAGUGAGCCCGGCGCGGCGACGCGACCCGUAUAUGCAUGUGUGUGUAGACAAAAACAAAGAGAUGGGAGUGCAAUACAGUAUACAAAUACCGAUGGUUGAUUUGUUAUGAUAUAAUUAUUUGUUGAUAUUCUUAAUAAAUACUUCGUUCGUCCGUCUCUAGAUA